AGUCUCAAUCCAAAGUCAUUGCAUUGUGAGAAGAAAGAAGUCAAUGCAGUUCUUCUCACAUUUGGUUUUCCAUCAACAUCAAGACAUACAGAGAGAAGUUGUUUUAUGAUUCCAAUAUAUUUUUAUUAUGUGUAAUCUAUACAACACAUAUCGAAUUAAAUGUACUAUACAAACCUUGAUUCUUUGAUUCAUUUCUUCCUCGUAUUCAAAACACAUACAGAACGAAAACCAUAAUGCCAUCCGAUAAAUCAAUAUCUCCAAAGAAAGAAAAAAUUGAUGAGGAUGGUGGGUUUUGCUUCGAAUGCAGACCAUUGGCUUUCGUUCUUGGAUUACCCUUCGCUUUAUUGGCAUUGGUUUUAUCUGUUGUGGGUGCAAUUGUUUGGAUUCUUGGGGCAAUAUUGAGGUGUUUUUGUCCAUGUUGUGGAUGCAUAGCAGAAUUGGCCAAUAUAGCUAUGGAUCUUGUGCAGCUCCCAGUUCGAAUUCUUAGAUGGUUCAUUGACCUAAUUCCUUGUUAGAACCUAGAAGAUAAAAGAAGAUCAAUAUAUUUAAUUUGUAGCAUAUUCAUCUUUU